AUGGAGGAGUAUCUGCGACAAGAACCACAGCAGAAACCACCGCAAGAACAACAACUGGAACCAAUGCAAGACACAUUUGAAGGAGAACAGCAAGUGCAGCCUGGGCUGGAAUAUAACAACCAAAAUGACCAAGGUGAUUUCCGACGCCGGUUGCGUGACAGGGACCUUCUCAAGAAGAGAAAGGCCGAAGCUGAGGAGAAAGAGACUGAUGAAUGGGAUUUUGGGACAGAGAUUCCAAAAAAAAGAGGGAGGAGCGGGGCCAAGAGAGGCAGGAGAAGAGGGAGACCGCGGAAAACCGAACAAAGUAUCAUCACUGAUGCACAGAAUGAAAGUCUUGUGGAUCAGGAAGCCACCGUAGCAGUGACAGAGGCUGUCCUCUCUCAAAUACCAGUCCCUUUGGAAGCCCAACUUCCUGAAGCUACUAUGGCUGCACCUGCCUUUGAAGAAUAUGUGGCCCCACCCUCAGCUUCUGCUGCCCGACAACUGCCCCUAGACGGUGCGUACACAGAGCCGCAGAGUGAGCCUGGACAAGCACAAGUCGUGAUCGAAGAUGUUGGUCCUGAUCCUGAUGAGGAAGACUUCUGUCCAUCACAGGAUAAACAAACUGAUGGUUGCAAAGUUCCCACAACUGGACGGCACUACAGCGGGGGAGGGGGGGGGGGGGGGGGGGGGGGGGGGGGGGGGGGGGGGGGCGGGGGGGGGGGGGGGGGGGGGGGGGCGGGGGGGGGGGGGGGGGGGGGGGGGGGGGGGGGGGGGGGGGGGGGGGGGGGGGGGGGGGGGGGGGGGGGGGGGGGGGGGGGGGGGGGGGGGGGGGGGGGGGGGGGGGGGGGGGGGGGGGGGGGGGGGGGGGGCGGGGGGGGGGGGGGGGGGGCGGGGGCGAGCAGGUGGGUGUGGCAGAUGUGGGGGGGGGGGGGGGGGGGGGGGGGGGGGGGGGGGGGCGGGGGGUGGGGGGGUGUGGGGGCAAAACAAUGGAAGAGGGAAGAGGGUAGAAGCUGGGAAGGGAGGGGGGGCGGUGGGGGGGGGGGUAGUGAGAGGGUGAGGGUGGGGGGGGGGGGGGGAGGGUGGGGGGGGGGUGGAAUAGGUUUUGGGGACUGA